AUGCUGAUCCUUCCUAUCAUCCUCGCCAUUGUCCUCCGUGCCAGUCUGCCAGCUCGAGCUCAGCCAUUGAUCGUCGAACAAUCCGACAAUCAUGUCAAAAGUCGACUGCAUCUCGCCCACGAGGAGGACGGUGUGAGGACUGGCUGCAAGGCUCGUGAAAAGCCAGAGAAGAUUAAGUUCAAGCCUUGGUCUCAACUUCCUCCGGCUAGCAACCUCGAAAUAACUGACGGAACCAGCAUCGAGGCUGGCGGUAUCCUCUUGAUGUUCGACAGAGGAGCUAGCGUUGACAGAAUGGAUGACUGUUCGUUAUUGCGUUUACGAAGCGCUACAUGUCCACCAUUGCGGAAGCUGGUCUACCCAGCAGAAGGGCGAGCUAAGUCGUACAAUGCAUCUGAGACUAAUCCCGAGCAUGUUAUGGCGGAGGUCUUCCCCAUUGUGAACUUGGAUAAUCAACAAGCUAGUGAUGGUGAUAGCAAACUGGAGCUGGCUCCCGCGAGGGGUGGUAUGUACGAAUUUCGAGUGAAUGGGAGCUCUGAUGAAGCCCUCAGGGAAGCCAUUGAGCUCCUCUAUACUCUUCUACCCCCACCAGCAUGGGCUCGUAACACGGCCGAGCUGCCCACCACGAUGACGGCUAAUGAGUACCUCACUCGGGCCAUGUGCCUUCAUAUACGAGGAGGAUACGAGAAUCUUCUCGCGUCGUUCCCGCCAGCUCUCCCUUAUUCGAUAGCUCGACCGGAGUGGAUGCAGUACUUUAGUGUUAGGGACAUUGGGGAUCCGCCUAAUGAGCUCGACCAUCUCAUGCUCGAGGUUACGGAGUCUCCACAACAGAGUGGAGGAGAGUCAACAAGAAUGGAUGCCAGCGCGGACAGUUCCGUGCUUGCGGCAAUUGGUGAACGCCCGUCACCAGCUUCGAUAACGGUCGAGAAGGAGAAGUGGACUCCAUAUUGGGUAGUCACGGCAAGUGAAGGCGACUUGCACUUUGAAAUCGAUAGCUAUGGGUUAUUGGUCUUGGCAGACGCAACAUGCCCGCGUUGGGGUCGUCCAACUCCCCGAAAGCCAACUACUAGGCUCGGGCUUAGUGCAUUCCCAGCCGUAUUCGAUGACGGCACUACUUUCUUACGUCGGAGCUCGGAUCCACCAGGUGUGGCGAUUUUGAUGAAGGAGACUAGGAACAUCCGGCUAGCAUUGGCACGACUUUUGGAGGUGGUGAAGAUGCCGACAGAGGUGGAGUACACAUAUGAGGCGUCAGCUGGCAACACAUUCCUCCUCAAUGCAAUAUGCUCUCACGUCAUCGCUGAUCCCUAUACAGGUGUUGGGCCGAAGUUGUUGAAUGUUGAUCGGACGACCGUCUACUCCCAAGACUCGCGUUUCUGGAUUCAGUUCGAUGUCGAUGCUGAUAGCGAGGAGUUCCUCGUCCUCCGCGCUGCCGUGUGCCCUCUCCGUAGGGAGUUGGUGUAUGGCGUAUCAAAGCUCGUGUAA